GUCACACUGCUGCUGAGAAAUCUGGACUGUAUUGUGGAUGAAGGACGUGUACGAAGCGUUCCUGAGAUUUGGGACUGUCCUCACUGCACACGUCAUGAUGGAGAACAGACGCUCAAAAGACAUCGGGUGUGUGACGUUUUCAUCUCCUGAUGAGGCUCGAGUAGACAUUAUGGAGAUGAACGGCAGGGUGCUGGGCAGCAGGACUGUGUACUUAAGUCCCUCUCAGUCCCUCUCAGAAUGUAGAAACCAUCUGACCUUCAAAACCCUGCCCAGACCCAAGACCCAACGCCAACAAGAACAUCCAUCCACAGAGUGGUACUGCACAAUUGACGGUCCAAAGGCUUUGGAUUUGUCUGAUAUUCCUCUCUGGAUGAAGACACUAAUGCCAUCAGAGAGUUGAAUGGAAAGCUGGUGAGCAGGAGGUCACUGUGUAUCACUAUGGCUGAGCAGU